AUGAUAUAAAGAGGAUUAUAAUGUAGACAUAUAUAUAAAAGCUUUUUUAAUGUUUUUUAAAGUAUCUUUUAAUCAGCAAGCUAAAAAUUAAGAUCAAACUUGAAUAUAUUGGUAAAAAAUCUAAGUUUGUUAAAAUCACAUCUAAUUUUUCAUACAAUCCAUCAAAUUCAUAUAGCAUCGACUAGCAAUUAUUUGUGUAUUUUAUGUAUUGCUUAUAAUAAAUUUUAUAUUCAUCGUAGCUAGGAAUCAAAUCUUUAUGUAAUCCCAACUGGACUUGGUUAAUUUCAUAUACUUACUAAGCUUGUAGUUUAUAAUGAAAUAGUUCAAUAUAAUGCUCAUCUGUGUCUUCAUCAAGACAUUUUUCUCUUUUGUCGAGUAAAUAUGCUUAAAAAGCUGAAUCUUCUCCGUAAUUUAAGCAAACUCCUUUCGAACCAGAUAUCCUAAACUCUGAGACGGGAUAUCCUUGAGGAUCAUUUCUUUUAACAUAUAAAUUAUAUAGACUACUUUGCUUUAUUUAGAUUUGCUCGAAGCCUAAUAAAGACUUAUCCUAAUUCAGUUUUGUAGAAAUGA